UAGCCUGGCUUACCUCUGACGGCAACCGCGCUGCCCGGGAGCCCUCGAUAGGAUGCUCUCCCAGGGGUUGUGAAGGAUACAGAAAUGACUGUGGAUUAACCCAUGUCAUCAAGGAGCUAAUUAUCUAGCGAAGGAAUUAGACAUGUGCACACAUGGCCAUAAUAUGAGGCAGUCUCUGAGGUUAUAGUCUCUGCGGAAGAUGUGACAUAUCCAGACAAUACAUCAUGAUGCAAGGCAGUACAUGCCAUAGAAUGUCGUUCCACCCAGGACGUGGAUGUCCUCGAGGACGAGGAGGACAUGGAGCCAGACCCUCAGCACCAGCCUUCAGACCCCAAAAUCUGAGACUGCUUCACCCUCAGCAGCCUCCGGUGCAAUAUCAAUAUGAACCUCCAAGUGCCCCUUCCACUACUUUCUCGAACUCUCCAGCCCCCAGUUUUCUGCCUCCACGACCAGACUUUGUACCCUUCCCUCCACCCAUGCCUCCCUCAGCACAAGGCCCUCUUCCCCCCUGUCCAGUCAGGCCUCCUUUCCCCAACCACCAGAUGAGGCACCCCUUCCCAGUUCCUCCCUGCUUUCCUCCCAUGCCUCCCCCCAUGCCCUGUCCCAAUAACCCGCCUGUCCCUGGAGCACCUCCCGGGCAAGGCACUUUCCCCUUCAUGAUGCCACCACCUUCCAUGCCUCACCCUCCGCCCCCUCCGGCCAUGCCACAGCAGAUUAAUUAUCAGUACCCUCCAGGAUACUCACAUCACAACUUCCCACCUCCCAAUUUUAGUAGUUUCCAGAACAACCCAAGUUCUUUCUUGCCCAGUGCCAAUAACAGCAGUAGUCCUCAUUUCAGGCAUCUCCCUCCUUACCCACUCCCAAAAGCUCCCAGUGAAAGAAGGUCCCCAGAAAGGCUCAAACACUAUGAUGAUCACCGGCACCGAGAUCACAGUCAUGGGCGAGGGGAGCGGCAUCGGUCCCUAGAUCGGCGGGAGAGAGGCCGCAGUCCUGACAGGAGAAGGCAAGAUACCCGCUACAGAUCUGACUAUGAACGGGGGAGAACGCCGUCCCGCCACCGCAGCUAUGAGCGCAGCAGAGAGCGAGAACGGGAGAGACACAGGCAUCGGGACAACCGAAGAUCACCAUCUCUGGAAAGGUCCUACAAAAAAGAGUAUAAGAGAUCUGGAAGGAGUUACAGUUUAUCGGUUGUUCCUGAACCUGCUGGAUGCACACCAGAAUCACCAGGGGAGAGUAUUAAAAAUACAGAUUCUUGGGCCCCACCCCUGGAGGUUGUGAAUCAUCGCUCCCCAAGUAGGGAGAAGAAGAGAGCUCGUUGGGAGGAAGAGAAAGACAGAUGGAGUGACAGCCAGAGCUCCGGCAAAGAGAAGAACUACACCUCCAUCAAGGAGAAGGAUCCCGAGGAGACGCUACCUGACAAAAAUGAGGAGGAAGAAGAAGAACUUCUCAAGCCAGUGUGGAUUCGAUGUACCCAUUCAGAAAACUACUACUCCAGUGACCCCAUGGAUCAGGUGGGAGACUCUACUGUGGUUGGAACAAGUAGGCUCCGUGACUUAUACGACAAGUUUGAGGAAGAGCUGGGCAGCAGGCAGGAGAAGGCCAAAGCUGCCAGGCCUCCGUGGGAACCUCCGAAGACCAAGCUCGACGAAGAUUUAGAGAGUUCCAGUGAAUCUGAGUGUGAGUCUGAUGAGGACAGCACCUGUUCCAGUAGCUCGGACUCGGAAGUGUUUGACGUUAUUGCAGAAAUCAAACGGAAGAAGGCCCACCCUGACCGGCUUCAUGAUGAGCUCUGGUACAAUGACCCAGGCCAGAUGAAUGAUGGACCACUCUGCAAGUGCAGCGCAAAAGCGAGACGCACGGGGAUUAGGCACAGCAUUUACCCUGGAGAAGAGGCCAUCAAGCCGUGUCGUCCUAUGACCAACAAUGCUGGCAGACUUUUCCACUACCGGAUCACAGUCUCCCCUCCUACGAACUUUUUAUCGUGGUCGAGCUUCAUGUACAGUGUUGUUAAGAGCUUAAAAACUGACCCCCGCUUCUUAUUGCAGAUUCCACUGUGUAAAGUAAUUAGAUUCAACAUAGACUACACCAUCCAUUUCAUUGAAGAGAUGAUGCCUGAGAAUUUUUGUGUGAAAGGGCUUGAACUCUUUUCACUGUUCCUAUUCAGAGAUAUUUUGGAAUUAUAUGACUGGAAUCUUAAAGGUCCUUUGUUCGAAGAUAGUCCUCCCUGCUGCCCAAGAUUUCAUUUCAUGCCACGUUUUGUAAGAUUUCUUCCAGAUGGAGGAAAGGAAGUGCUGUCCAUGCACCAGAUCCUCCUCUACCUGCUGCGCUGCAGCAAGGCGCUGGUGCCCGAGGAGGAGAUCGCCAACAUGCUGCAGUGGGAGGAGCUCGAGUGGCAGAAGUACGCGGAGGAGUGCAAAGGCAUGAUCGUCACCAACCCUGGCACGAAACCGAGUUCUGUCCGUAUUGAUCAACUGGAUCGUGAACAGUUCAACCCCGAUGUGAUUACUUUUCCGAUUAUCGUCCACUUUGGGAUACGCCCUGCACAGUUGAGUUAUGCAGGAGACCCACAGUAUCAGAAACUGUGGAAGAGUUACGUGAAACUACGGCAUCUCCUAGCAAACAGUCCCAAGGUCAAACAAACUGAUAAACAGAAGCUGGCCCAGAGGGAGGAAGCACUCCAAAAAAUACGACAGAAGAACACAAUGAGGCGAGAAGUAACAGUGGAGCUGAGUAGCCAAGGAUUCUGGAAAACCGGCAUCCGUUCCGACGUCUGCCAGCAUGCAAUGAUGCUACCUGUUUUGACCCAUCAUAUCCGUUACCACCAAUGCCUAAUGCAUCUGGACAAGUUGAUAGGAUACACUUUUCAAGAUCGUUGUCUAUUACAGCUGGCCAUGACUCAUCCAAGUCAUCAUUUAAAUUUUGGAAUGAAUCCCGACCAUGCCAGGAAUUCUUUAUCUAACUGUGGAAUUCGGCAGCCAAAAUACGGAGACAGAAAAGUUCAUCACAUGCACAUGCGGAAAAAAGGAAUUAACACUUUAAUAAAUAUUAUGUCACGCCUUGGCCAAGAUGACCCAACUCCCUCAAGGAUUAACCACAAUGAACGGUUGGAGUUCCUGGGUGAUGCUGUUGUUGAAUUUCUGACCAGUGUCCAUUUGUACUAUUUGUUUCCUAGUCUGGAAGAAGGAGGAUUAGCGACCUAUCGAACGGCCAUCGUUCAGAAUCAGCACCUUGCCAUGCUAGCAAAGAAACUUGAACUGGAUCGAUUUAUGCUGUAUGCUCAUGGACCUGACCUUUGUAGAGAAUCAGACCUUCGGCAUGCAAUGGCUAAUUGUUUUGAAGCAUUAAUAGGAGCUGUUUACUUGGAGGGAAGUCUGGAGGAAGCCAAACAGUUAUUUGGACGCUUACUCUUUAAUGAUCCGGACCUGCGUGAAGUCUGGCUCAAUUAUCCUCUGCACCCACUCCAACUACAGGAACCAAAUACCGAUCGACAACUUAUUGAAACGUCUCCAGUUCUGCAGAAACUUACUGAGUUUGAAGAAGCAAUUGGAGUAAUUUUUACUCAUGUUCGACUUCUAGCAAGGGCAUUCACAUUGAGAACUGUGGGAUUUAACCAUCUGACCCUAGGCCACAAUCAGAGGAUGGAAUUCUUGGGUGAUUCCAUAAUGCAACUGGUAGCCACAGAGUAUUUAUUCAUUCAUUUCCCAGACCAUCAUGAAGGACAUUUAACUCUGUUACGAAGCUCUUUGGUGAAUAACAGGACUCAGGCCAAAGUGGCAGAGGAGCUGGGCAUGCAGGAGUACGCGAUAACCAACGACAAGACCAAGCGGCCCGUGGCCCUCCGCACCAAGACCUUGGCAGACCUUUUGGAGUCGUUUAUCGCAGCUCUCUACAUUGACAAGGACCUGGAGUACGUUCAUACUUUCAUGAACGUCUGCUUCUUCCCACGAUUAAAAGAGUUCAUUCUGAAUCAGGACUGGAAUGACCCCAAGUCCCAGCUUCAGCAGUGCUGCUUGACCCUCAGGACGGAAGGGAAAGAGCCGGAUAUUCCUCUGUACAAGACUCUGCAGACAGUGGGGCCAUCCCAUGCUAGAACCUACACUGUGGCUGUUUAUUUCAAAGGAGAAAGAAUAGGCUGUGGGAAAGGACCAAGCAUUCAGCAAGCAGAAAUGGGAGCAGCAAUGGAUGCACUAGAAAAAUAUAACUUUCCCCAGAUGGCCCAUCAGAAGCGGUUCAUUGAACGGAAGUACAGACAAGAGUUAAAAGAAAUGAGGUGGGAAAGAGAGCAUCAAGAGAGGGAGCCAGAUGAGGCUGAAGACAUAAAGAAAUGAAGGAGGGCGCAGACGUGGAGAACCCCUGAGAUUUAGCCCAGUUUUCCUACAGACAAUGAAUGAAAUGUGUACCCUGAAAUAAAAUACAAAGUCAACUCAC